AUGUUUUUCCUUCGCGCUCUGCUCCUAGCUGCUGGCGCUGUGGGGUUUUCAACAUGGCCAUCUGUAAGUGUCCAGAUGGUCACUUACAAGAGAGGGCCUCUGCUGCUGGAGGCGCUGGCUCAAGUGGAGCAGCAAGAGUAUCCAGGAGAUCUUGAGGUGGUCAUCGUAGAUGACAGCCCGGAGAGCCAAGAAGAACAGCUGGACGCCUUGAAGGAAUCCUUGGCGAUCAGAUACAUCUUCUUGCCAGAACGAAUGAGCAUUGGUGCCAAGCGGAAUCUGGCCACACGCAGCACAGAUGCAGAGGUGAUUUGCAUUUGGGACGAUGACGAUGUCUUCACAAUGGACCGCAUCCGAAAGCAGGUGGAACAUCUUCGAGGAGCAGAUGUGAACUGCUCGGGGAUCGAGGUCGCCUCUUUCUACUCGGUGCCAGACCAGGAUCCGAACAACGGACGGCCCUCGUCGCCCACCGUGCGCCUUGAGGAGUUGACCGUGCGCCCCUUGGGGCUGCCGCCCAUCGUCUUUGCCGCGAAGCUGGACUUGGGGAUGUUCCGUGGCCACUUCGGCUUCGGCGAGGCAUGGGAGGUUUCGGGACAAGGCGAGGGCACCCUGGAGCCUUGGUGGGAGCAGGUGAAGACCUUGAGUGGAGCUGAGGAGCCCUUCUUGUACAUCUACCUCCCGUCCUCUGCCUCGGGUGGCACAGCGCUCAACAAGAACCGCCAGCCGCCGCCCUGCAGCAAGCUCUUUGCCCUGGCGAGCGCUCUCAGCCACGGCAGGUUCCCCGAGCUGCCUGGCCCACAUGUCUCAAGCGCCCUGAGCUGUGCGCGUGCUGAAGUGCAGGAACUCCUGUCAAUACCCAAGUUCUUGGACGAGCCAUCAGUGAUCGCUGCGGCGGGCAUUCAGCGUCGCAGCGUCGCGGAGCGCCAGCGGGUGCAGCUCACGGCCGACUUCCCGUCUGACCCGGCGCUGGCGGCCCGGUCUUCAGUGGCACGGCACGUGUGGUCCACGUUGGAAAGUGCUCCCCUUGCCACGUCUGGCUGGCUUUUGGUGGAUCGCCCGCCACUCCGGCUCCAUCCAAGCUUUCUGACGGCUGAGGAGGCGGCGGAGCUCCAAGCCGCCGUGCGCCUCGACGCCUUCGGCGUCCGCGACCGCGGCGGCUUCGCGCCGACCGCGGCGGCGGAGCGGCUGCGGUACAGGGCGGCGGAGGCGCUAGGCGUGGAGGUCUCUCAUUUAGAGCCUCUGCGUGCAGUGCGCUAUGGCCGCCCAGAGCAGUGCUUUGAACCGCACGUGGAUUGGAUUGCUGAUCCCUCCGACGAGCAGUUGCUGGAGCUUGGGCAGCGGGUGGCAUCACUGCUGGUCUUUUUGUCCACCCUGCCAGAAGGCCGUGGGCAGACCGACUUCCCGGCCCUCGGCGUGUCCGUGACGCCCCAGACGGGUGCCGCGCUCUUGUGGCCCAACAUGGACAUGAAUGGCCAGCCCUUGCCAGAGAUGAUUCACGAGGCCAAACCCUUGGAAGAAGAGGGCCUCGAAAAGAUUGCGCUGAAUGUUUGGGUGCGUGACCGGCCGUUGCCCACGGAUCCAGCCAUCUUGGAGACCUUGUUUCAGUCGUGA